UUAUUAUAAACCUAAAGAAUAUCGAAUGCAUAGCGCUGAUGUAAACAACAUGGCGUCUAAUCUAUGUAGAAAUAUGUGAAGUGUCUGGAAGAACAACAUAACAGAUAAAGAAUAAAAAUUAGAGAGUAAUCAAAGCAUUUAUUUUGGACCUAUGCAGAAGAGUUAUUCCUAUGUCUUAAAUUUUUGAAAAGGGAUUACAAAAAGAAAAUAAUGCAAGCCAAAGGAAUCCACGUUGAGCCUCUUUUUAGUUCUCCUGGUAAUCCACAAAACACAACAGCAUUACUGGAUACCAUUACUAAACUCAAACAGGAUGUAAAACUGUGUCAACAUGAAAAGAAUGCAGCCAUAGAACAGCUUAAUUGUUUGAUAUCACUAAUAAAGAGGUCAUGGACUGGAGAUUACAAUGCAUCCUUACAUUUAGCCAAUAUAGUGGGACUUCCUCCACCAGAGUUUGAUUAUAGAGCCACUCAUCUAACAAAUACACCAGUUCCUGACAAAUCUGCUAGAGCAGCAAUGCUUUGGGAAAGAUUAAGUAUAAAGUUACUGGACAGAAACUAUGCAGAAAUUCAGGAAGAAAUCCGACAAAGACAGAUGCUGUAUAUGCAGAAUCGCCAGCUGUAUAUGGACGAAGUAUUACAUCAUCAUCAAAUAGAUAUGGGGAAAGCACCUAAUAGAAAAAAUUCCAAAACUUAUGAGGAAGUGGACAGAAGGUUUAUUAAUGCAUACAGCAAGACUAAACAGCCAGGAGGAUUAAAAGGGAGAGUCAAAUCUGCACCAGCAAGACCCAGAACUGCCAAAGAUAUGGUCAAUGGGGCAAAUGUUAAAAUGAAGGACCUGUUUGUGUCAAAUAGAAACGGAGAGCCACAGAUUCCUUUCACAGACCCAAUUACAAAAUCGUUGCAUGUUCAAAACAGUGGAAAUCCUUAUGGAAAGAAUAGAUUAAAUUAUGAUGAUCCACAAAGAUAUGGUCAGAAAAGUUUGUUUGAUCUUGAUGCUGUGUUUGGACCAGAUCAUGAGAACAGAAAAUCUCAGAGACCAGCUAGUGCAUUUAUACCUAGAGGUCAGCAAUCAAAAUCUAGACCACAAAGUGGACAUGGAACAUUUAUGACCCAGAAGUCAGAAAGGCCAAUGAAAUUUGAAACCACCAGACCAGUGUCAGCCAAAACCCCAGGAAAGAAAAAUUCGACCUUAAAAUCUGCCAGUGAACCUAACAUGGGCAGAAAGACUUUAGAACCAUUUCCCACAUUUCAAGUCAAUAUGAGUAAUCAAGAUAUUGAAGAAGAGAAACACCUCGAUAUAAAUGACAAUGCUUGUGAAAAUUCUGGUGAUGAUAUAAAUGACAAUGCUUGUGAAAAUUCUGGUGAUGAUUCAUCUGAUUUUGAUAUUGAAGAAUUUAGAAACCCCCCAAUAAAAGUUAGGGUUGAGUCUGCACCAGUCAAGAGACCAGCACAUGUUGAUAAAUUUGUUAAAGAACUUCAAACUAUGGAAGAAAUGGAAAGAGAUUUUAAGAAAAAUGCAAUACACCUUCAAAAGAAGUUGGGCAUAGAUUCAACUGGUUUGGUGUCAUAAUGUAUAAUAUCAGACACAUAUAUCUGUAAAGAAGAUGUACAAUUAUAUACUGGUACAUAUAUUUAUUGUAUUAUUUCUGCAAUUUCAAUGGAAACCGUCCAAAUGUUGUAUUAGCAUUUUACAAAGAAGUACUAUAUUUAAUUUAUUUUUUACAAUUGAGGUUGAUUUAUUCAAGUAUCUUAAAUAAAAUUCAACCUAUUUAGGCUUUGGUAAUAUGUCAUAGGUAUCACUUAUCUCUUAAAGGUAGUCUGGAUGUGGUUUUUUUUUACAUUUUUUGUACAUCAUCUACAACACAUUUGAGCAUCCUUUUCUCUGAAAUCACAAUGUUGGUAUAAAAAAAAAAUGAAACGGAACAUUAUAUCAUCCCUACUUGUAUAUGAUCAGUUAAAAAUGUGUGACAAAUAUCUUAUUGGUAUGUGUUGUAUAGACACGUCAUGACAUGUCUUUUGUUGAAGACUGUAUGGUAACCACUAGAUGUCUUUCAGUUAACAUUGUUAGGUUACUGUCUUCAUGAUUUAUACCUGACAUCUCUUUUAUUCAAAGACAAAUAAACAGAAUUUCUUUUUUUAAACAGGAAUGAAUGACUGUUAUUUGGUAUAUAAAUUUCACUAUGUCUUCAAAUAAAAACCCCUUUUGCAAAUUGCAACAAUAGUGUUGUAGUGACCUACAUUUCAUGCUAAGUGAUUUAAGCAUUGUUUUGUGUUUAAGUCCAAUUUACUAAUCCAAAACUAUUAAUACAUUGAAUUCUUUAAAAUUGUGUUAUCCUUAUGUCCUCCAUUUUAGAUUUGGUGACUUAUCUAUAAAAAUUUUCUUGUGGCUUUCAGUUUUCUUUGAAGUAAAAUUUUGAAGAAAUUCAGAUACUUGGUGUUUUACAUUUAUUACAUAAAGUGAAUAUUUGUAAAUCUGCUGUAUUUUAUGGGAUUUUAUUUUAGUUGUUAAUUGAUUAUGUAAUUUUAUAAUUUAGUGCUAGUCCUAUUAGAUGAUAGUCAUUUUGUAAAUGUUGAUAUAAAUAGUUCAAAAGGGAGCUUUAUCAAUAUUUUGUUUUGCAUAAUUUAAUCAUCAGUGUUGAUAUACUAUAUUUUAUUUUCAUAGUCCUUGCAACAAAAAUUAUAAACAAAUAUAUAUGUAUAUAUCAUUUACAUAUUUCCUAUGAUAGCUAAAGUUUGCAAAUCAUUUUAUCAUAAUUUUGAAAUUUUAUUUCAUUACGAUCUGGAAUUAUUUGAUUUUUUUGAAUAAAUGAAUCUUAUAUGUGUAAUUGACACAACAUGCAAAGUUUAUACUAUCAAACUUUAAAAAUCUGUAUGAAGAAUACACACAUAGAUUAUAAAUCAGAAUCUCAAACCUUUACAUCAACUUGCCAAAUAGAUUAUUUCAUGAUAUAAUACAUAAGGGCUGAAAUAUUAUUAUUUAGUAUUAAUUAUUAUUUAUAAAAGUUAAUGUCUGUAGCUUUGCUGCUUAAACUUUUUAAAAUGUAAAAUUCUGCAUUUCUGAUUUUGAUUAUAUUUCAGAAGAAAAAAACUGGAUGUCAAUCAUACAAUGCUCACAAAAUCUGUAUUGUUAUCAGACAAUUUUUUCUACUGCAAUUAACAUUUGAAAUGAUUGAAAGAAGAAUAGAUUGUAACCUAUUUCAAAUUUCAGUAUCCUGUGAAUUAAAAUAUUAAAGACUUGAGAUGCAAUGUAAUUCAAGUUUCAAAACCAGAAAAUUCUGUAGUUGGUGAUUUUUUUUUAAAUUGUUUGGAUUAAGUGAUAGAAUCUGUUUUUCCCAUGAACAAAAGAAUUUUAAUUGAUUUUUUCGACAAUGUUCAUCAUCUUUCCCUAGGCUUGAUAGAAUGAAUUAUUGGUUAAUAAGGUUUUAUUGCCAUUUUAUAUUUUACUAUACCAUCAUGACAGUAAAAGGUUAUGUACAGCUUUCAAAAUUUAUUAUUCAUUUAUUAUACUUUUCUAGGAUGUUGUUGUAAUAUACAUAUAAGCAUAGAAAAGAUUGAAUUACAUAAUAUGUUUAUUAAUAUAUACGAAUAAUACAAUAAUUAUUUAAAAGUAGUUCUAGUAGAAUCACAAUUUUAGGAUAGAAAUGAAAAUUGACUGAUAGUAUCUUUUUGUUUUUUUUAAAAAGUAAGUGGUUGUCAGGGUUAAAAUGUUAAUGUAUAUAUAAAUGACUGUGUGAAAGAUUUUAUUUUGUUGAAAAAUAAUAGGAAGUUGAAUAAAAUUGAAUAAAUA